AUGGACAAAGAAAAGGAAGAUGUUAACUCACAUCAGGUUGAGAAGACGGAAGACAUGGAGAAUUCAAUGGAGAUAUACGCCAGAAUCAUGGCGGAGCAUAAGCCAAACCCGCGAGGUCCAGGCUACAUCAAGUUGUACGCUGUGUCUGGACUUAUAUUCCUCUGCUCGACCAUGAAUGGUUUCGACAGCUCUCUUAUGGGCUCCAUCAAUGCUCUUCCGAACUAUACCUCAUACUUCAACCUCCCGGAGAACGGCAAUGCCAGUACCGGCAUUGUCGGUCAGAUGUCUGGAGCUCUCUUCAUCUGGAUGACGGAUUGGUACGGUCGAACCUGGCACAUCUUCUUUGGCUGUCUGGGAGUGUGCCUCGCCACCAUAAUGACCUCCCUGGCGCCCAACUUGCCCACGUUCAUCGGCGGACGAUUUCUCCUGUCAUUUUUUGCAACAUGCGCCCACACCGCUGCUCCUCUAUACCUCGUCGAGAUCGCUCCGCCGGCCUACCGAGGUACAAUUGCAGGAAUGUACAAUACUUUCUACAACGUCGGUUCCGUCUUCGCUACUUCCGCUGUAUACGCCUGCCACAAAUACCUAGCCCAUCAUGAUAAUUUGGACUGGAGAAUUCCUCUGUGGCUUCAGCUUGUUUGCCCAGCCAUUGUCUGUAUAUCCAUCAAGUGUUUCCCCGAGUCGCCUCGAUGGCUGGUCGCUAAGGACCGUCACGCCGAAGCCGAGGCUAUUCUCAUUAAGUACCAUGCAAACGGUGAUACAGCUCAUCCACUAGUUCAGCUUCAGAUGAAAGAGAUGGCUGCCAAUUUGGACACCCAGCAUGUAGCCUCGUGGAAAGAUUUGUUUGACCUGGGCGUCCUCGUGGAAUCUCACUCUAGCCGUUACAGACUGAUGCUCAACAUCGCUUUCUCCUGGUUCGGUCAGUUCAGUGGUAACAACAUUAUAUCCUACUACUUGCCUAUCAUGCUCAACGGCAUCGGCAUCAAGGACACUGACACAAAGCUGGUUCUCAACAUUGUCUAUGCCGUCGUCGGCUGGGUUUCCUCCAUUAUCGGUUCUCGCCUGCACGAUAUCGUCGGCCGCCGGAAGAUGCUCAUGGCCACCACGGCUGGUAUGGUGGUAUGCCUUAGUAUCGUCGCUGGCUGUGCGGCUGGAUACUCAAACUACGGCAACAAGGCAGCCUCUACCGUCAGUAUUGUCUUCAUCUUCAUGUUUGGCGCCACCUUCGCCUGCGGCUUCACUCCGAUGCAACCCAUAUACCCUGCCGAGGUCGUCAGCAACAAGAUGCGAGCCAAGGCCAUGGGAACCUUUAAGGUGACGGCUGGAGCGGCCGGAUUUCUCAACACCUUUGUUGGUCCAAUCGCCCUGUCCAAUAUUGGCUACUGGUUUUACGUCUUUUUCGUGUUUUGGGACGUGUUUGAACUUGGGUUUAUCUACUUCCUUUUCGUUGAGACCAAGGGAUUUACGCUUGAGGAGCUUGAUGCCAUAUUUGAAGCUAAGAACCCUAGGAAGGCUAGUGUUGAAGCUGUAAAGGUGAGAAAACAUCUCGUUCAGGAAAUAUCAAACGCCGCUUAG